AUGAGUGCUUCAAUGAGUCUGUCUGCUCUGACUAUGUUUUAGUUCCAUGUCUUGCACAUGUAAGCUCACUUCUGCAGUUCUAGUUAGAGAGGUUCUUCACACUUUUGGCACGAUGCUGGUCCUGAAUAGUUUCUGAUACCUGGCCAAGUGUAGCUGUGGUUCCUAUCUGGUAAUUAUUAAGAAAUUAGCAUCUCAUGUGAGAUUCCCGAUCUUGAAGAUUUCAUGUGUUUGAAAUUCUAUUUUGAGGCUAUUAACUGACUAUGCAGAGGACUUUUGCUUGUUCAUCAACUUGGAGAUGAGUUCCAUGCACUAAAGGGCUGGACUCAACAGUGAGACAUAUUGAACAGAAAACAACUAUAUACUUCUAUGUUUCUGUAAAAACACAAGAUAAACCUGGAUAGCAUAAUGAGACCCCUCACAAAUACCUAUGUCUUUGUUUGUGCCUUUACAUUCACACUAUGGAAUAAUAUCCAGCCAACUGUGGAAAAUGAAUUUAUUGCAAAUUAUUCAGGCAGAUUGCUAACUAAUGUUCCAAAAAACAUUCCACUACGUAUUCAAGUAUUAGAUUUAUCACAUAAUAGGAUCUCUGGAAUUAGUAUCUCAGAAUUUAUUUAUCUUUCUGACCUUCAAGUAUUAAAUCUUUCUCAUAAUCUAAUUAUGGUGCUUGACUUUAGUGUCUUUGUUUUUAAUGAAAAUUUAGAAUACUUAGAUUUAUCUCAUAAUAACAUUUUGAAAGUUUGCUGUCUAACUCUUGCAUGUCUUAGACAUUUAGAUCUUUCUUACAAUAAGUUUACUGCCUUGCCUAUCUGCCAGGAAUUUGAGAACAUGUUUCGUUUGGAGUACCUAGGAUUAAGUGCCAUGAUGAUACGAAGGUCAGACUUCAGGUAUAUCAAACAUUUGCAGCUGCACACUGUCUUUCUGACCUUGGGAAACUUUUCUCUGUAUGAACCGCAGAGUCUGACAGCCUUGAAUACAAAGAGGCUCCACACUGAUUUUGCAGCAAACCAAAACUUCAGUUUUUCCCUCUUGUACGAUGGAAUGAGUACUUCAGAAAAUUUAAAAAUAGUUAACUUAAUAUAUACCUUGAGCUAUAAAUAUUUCCCCUCUCCUCCUUUAAUGCUUCUGAAGAAAAUCAAGACAACGGCUCUCAUUCUUGACACUGUGGAUGUACAAUGGCCUAUCAUUCUGCAAAUUUUCCUGCUUAUUUGGUAUUCACCUGUGGAGCAUUUGACUGUGAGAAAUUUGACUUUUCAGGGACUACUGGGGGAGCUGACUAAAUAUGAGUUUCUACCCUUGUUAAGUUCUCUGGAACAGUUAAUCUCUUUGGAUGGCUCCAUGAAAGCAUUAACUUUGGAGCAUGUUCGUAUUAAGAUUUAUUAUUUCAACCAGGAGGUUCUAUACAGACAGUUUUCAGAGAUGAAUAUUGCCAGUUUGACAAUAUAUGAUGCAUAUAUGCCACACAUGCUUUGCCCCAAUAGAACAAGCUCAUUUCAGUAUUUAAAUUUUUCUCACAAUGCCCUGACGGAUGAGUUGUUCCAGAAUUGUGGCACUUUGAUAGAUCUGAAAUUACUUAUUUUACAAUGGAAUAAAUUUGAGAGCCUUCUCAAGGUAAGCUUCAUGACCAGCCGUAUGAAAUCACUGAAAUAUCUGGACAUGAGCAACAACUUGCUGCGCCACGAUGGAGCUGAUGUACAAUGCCAGUGGGCUGCGUCUCUGACAGAGUUGGACCUGUCCUCCAAUCAGCUGACAGAUGCCGUCUUUGAAUGCUUGCCGGUCAACAUCAAAAAACUCGACCUACAAAACAAUCAGAUCAGCAGUGUCCCAAAGGGGCUGGCUGACCUAAAAUCCCUGGAAGAGCUGAACCUGGCAUCGAACAGGCUGGCUGACCUGCCGGGGUGCAGUGGCUUUACAUCCCUGCAGUUCCUGAACAUAGAGAUGAACUCGAUCCUCACCCCAUCUACCGACUUCUUCCAGAGCUGCCCAAGGGUCAAGGAGCUACAAGCUGGGCACAACCCAUUCAAGUGUUCCUGUGAACUGCAAGACUUUAUCCGUGUGGAGAGGCAGUCAGGGGGGAAGCUGUUUGGCUGGCCAUCAGCGUACGUGUGCGAGUACCCGGAAGGCUUGCGAGGCACGGAGCUGAAGGACUUCCACCUGAGUGAACUGGCCUGCAAUACAACGCUGCUGCUGGUGACAGCCCUGCUGCUGACGCUGGUGCUGGUGGCUGUGGUGUCCUUCCUGUGCAUCUACCUGGAUGUGCCCUGGUACGUGCGGAUGACGUGGCAGUGGACGCAGACGAAGCGGAGAGCUUGGCACAACCACCCCAAAGAGCAGGAGAUGGUUCUGCAGUUCCACGCGUUCAUUUCCUACAGCGAGCACGAUGCAUUGUGGGUGAAGAACAAGCUGAUCCCAAACCUGGAGAAGGGGGAGGGCUGCAUACAACUGUGCAAGCACGAGAGAAACUUUGUCCCAGGCAAGAGCAUUGUGGAGAACAUCAUUAACUGCAUUGAGAAGAGCUACAAGUCGAUCUUUGUGUUGUCUCCCAACUUUGUGCAGAGCGAGUGGUGUCACUAUGAGCUGUACUUUGCCCAUCACAAGUUAUUCAGUGAGAAUUCAAACAGCUUAAUCCUGAUUUUACUGGAGCCGAUCCCUCCAUACGUUAUCCCUGCCAGGUAUCACAAGCUGAAGGCUCUCAUGGCAAAACGCACCUACCUGGAGUGGCCGAAGGAGAGGAGCAAGCAUGCCCUUUUCUGGGCUAACCUGAGGGCAGCUAUUAACAUUAACCUGCCCACAGCCAUUGAAGCAAAUAAGGAGCAGAGUGAUGUUACAUAUACUUAGUAGUAUAAGUAUGUGAAUAACUGAUUUGACUGUUUUACAUUAAAUUCUGUUAAUAAUUUUUUCUAUUUUUUUACACCAUUGCUAGUUUGUUGCAAAAUGUAUUUGUGAUACAUAUAGAGAUUGCUAUUGCAAAUUCUAGUUGUCAAAGUAGUCAAAGGUCAUCUGUAGUUGUCCAUCAUCAACAAAGAGAGGGAGGGAGAAAUUUUCAUAGUGAUUGACCUUAUUUUUGGGUUGCAUAAAUUUCAUACUUUUCCCUUUGAAAGCCAUAUUUGAAAGUGAUGAUGAUAGCGGUUGGUUCAGUGUCAUCAGGACUGCCAAGGAAUGCGUUUAAUCUUUGUUCUGACAUGAAUGUUGUGGGGUUAAGAUUGUAAGCAUCUGCUUCCUGGGAUUUAAUUAGAUAACACAAAGAAGAAGAAAAUUUGUGUUUAAAACCCUUCCUGUACAUGGAUGUAGUAGAUGUCAUAGGUACAAUAUCCCUAUACCUUUAGCCUGUUUUCCUUCCUAGAAGUCUUUCCCUCCAUCCCAGAGAGAGUUUCCUAGGUAGGUGCUGAAAAUCUGGAUCCAUUAAUCCUUGUUUAAUAUUCUUCUUCCUUUGCUGUACUAAAUAUUCCCACUUGCCCAGAGAUAACUACCAAGUCAAUGAUUUCAUAGAAUUCACUAUUCAUUGUCUUCAAAAUCAUAGUAAAUAUCUGAACUUAUGAAUUUUUUAUAAUACUGUAAUAUUACUGCUUUCUGCUAUGAUCAUAUCAAGCUGUACUGGGUUAUGUAUUUUUCCUGUUUUCUAAAACUUAGAAGAUUGAUGUUUGAAGGUGAGACCCUUUUAUCUCCAGACUUUCACUGAACUCUAUUACCUUGCUCUUUUAAGCAGCAGGUGCUGAGGGUCAUCAUACAGGUGAAAAAGGAAUAUGUUUCCUUAGAAAAUAACUCCUCUGCUGAAAUCUAACAGUGUUUUCUUUGAUAGGAGACAUCUAGUUUGCUGUGCUUAUUUGACAGUCCA